CACGGCCUCCAGCGCCGCGGCAAGGGCGCCCCGGGCUGCGCCCCGGCGCCCGCGGCCGUCAGGAAGCCCAAGGCGGCGAGGAGGCUGAGCUUCGCCGACGAGGUGACCACGUCCCCGGUGCUCGGCCUGAAGAUCAAAGAGGAGGAGCCGGGGGCGCCGGCGCGGGCCCCGGGCGGCGAGCGCACGCCGCUGGGCGAGUUCAUCUGCCAGCUGUGCAAGCAGCGCUACGCCGACCCCUUCGCGCUGGCCCAGCACCGCUGCUCCCGCAUCGUGCGCGUCGAGUACCGCUGCCCCGAGUGCGACAAGGUCUUCAGCUGCCCCGCCAACCUCGCCUCCCACCGCCGCUGGCACAAGCCCCGUCCCGCGCCCCCCGCGCCGCCGCGCCCCCCGGAGCCUGCCCCGGCGGCGGGCAAGGAGAACGGCCGCCUGCCGCGGACCGACGCUCAGCACCCGCAGGCGCGGGACAGCGCCGGCGACGCUCAGCACCCGGACAGCGGCGCGCGGCCGCACGGCCCCUACCCGGAGCUGCUGCCGCUCGGGCGCCGCGGGCCCGGGCCGGGCGGCGCCGGCGCGGGGGCGACCUCCGAGGUCUUCGUGUGCCCUUACUGCCACAAAAAGUUCCGUCGCCAAGCCUAUCUGCGCAAGCACCUGGGCACCCACGAGGCGGGCCCGGGCCGCGCUCCAGCCCCGAGCUUCGGCCCGGAGCGCACGGCCGCGCUCGCCCUCGCGUGCCCGCUGUGCGGGGCCCACUGCCCGUCCGCCGACGUCCGGGAGAAGCACCGGCUGUGGCACGCUGUCCGCGAGGAGCUGCUGCUGCCCGCCUUGGUCGGGGCUCCCCCGGAAGCGGGCCCCGGAGGCGCACCCGACGGCGGCGCCCAGCAGAUUUUCUCGUGCAAGCACUGCCCGUCCACGUUCUUCAGCUCCCCGGGCCUGACCCGGCACAUCAAUAAGUGCCACCCCUCAGAGAGCCGGCAGGUGCUGCUGCUGCAGAUGCCGCUGAGGCCCGGCUGCUGAGACCUGAGGCCUGGCCUGGAGAAACCAAUGCGGGAACCUCCGAGGGGCUCUCUUCGUCUUGCAGCUUCCUCCCCUUCCCAUGCCGGCCCUCUUACCCCUGCCCCGUCACGACCCACCCGGGGAGAGGGCAGCGCUAAAAACCCCGCUCUAGAGCAGGUAUGUAUCUGGUACAAUCGUUCUCAUGACCAAAGCUGGCAGCUCCAAGUCCUCAGUCCCCACUCCCGCCGUAGCAUUUCCCGUCCUGGAGAACGCUGGGGACCCCAGUGGAUGAAUCCUAUAUGGUUGUAGUUCCUAUGGAAAGUCGCGGUCAACGCGUGCAAGUCUGUCUACACAAGCUCCCACCUACAGUGGUAGUCGCCAACGUUUUCUUCUCUUGCUAUCACAGGCACUUCACUUAGGCCGUUUCUUUUUAAAUGGGUCAGAUUUCUUGCCUCGUAUAUUCUGUGAAUCAAGCUAGGUGACUGAUGCCGAGCUUUCAGGGAAGGUUUAGACCCGUGUAAAUGGACAGGAAACUCGCAGAUGUUGCUGUCUGGUGUGAUGGUGUUGCUGGAACUUUCUUUCCUCAAUUGAACGCAUUAGUCCUUUCUUCUAAAUUAGGUUUAGAGGCGGGGACGGUGCAGCUUAAUGGGAAGGGCUUGGUGUGUCCUCUGAAUGUCACCUAUUUUACGUGCUGCAUCCAGGACGAGCUACUUAACAUUUUUCUUUUCAAAACAACAUUUUUUUUGGGAUACUAUAAUCACUCCUAAAGUUUGAAUGUUUUAGCAAUAUUUCAUUUAAAUUAUGUAGCGGUCAUGCUGUAAAUCUGCUGCAUAUUUCAUCGUAAACUGUUCAACUUAAGGAAGAUGUUACUAUCUAUAAUUCACCAUGGAACUGAAUGUCAAGUCACUCAAUAUUUUAUAUUUUCUUUUCAGGAGCAACUUUUAAAUUUCUUGCUGUAAAUCAUAUUCAGUGUAUAUUAUGUAUCUAUUCCUUCAAGAGCCAGAGUCUGGGACACUGGCUGAGCGACGUUUGACAAACAGAUUUGUAAGAUGGUUCCGCCAAAUAAAUGUAC